AACGCCAGCAACAAAUAAUACAAAGUACCAUUUCUACAUUAGUCCCAUCAACUUUAUCUGAAAAUUUUAACCAAAUCGGAAGAGAGACUUUAUAUCCAGAAUCUACUACUUCCCUUAAUACAGAAAUAAAAAAGAGAAAUUCCAAAUCUCGGUCUAAAACUGUAUUAUGUAAUAAUGAGCUCUGCUCUCACAUAUCUAAUUCAAUACCUACUAAUAACUCUACAGAAAAAAUAAAUAGUGAGAAUCUGGGUGUAUUAUAUGAAAAAGAAGUCAAAAGAGAUGAGAAAAAUAAAGCAAAUAUGACUCGCCUAUUAGCUACUACUUA